AUGGAUUCCGCUAGUGGCCCGAUCGACCUGCGAUAUUCAUUUCAAGGGGCAGAUGAUCAGUCUACAUCAGCUCUCAUCAAUGAUCACCUGGGACAUUCGACAAGCUCAUUGCUGAAGAAGGACAUCCAGGACUUGCUGAAGGAUGCAAUAGUCAAAGAACGUCGCCACGAAGACAACACUUCCGUCAGCAUACAUCUGCAGAAUCUCCCGUAUUUCUACGAGGGACGUGAACACAGGAUGAUGAGUCUGGCUGAAGCUUCGGAGGAUACGGAGCUGAAGCAAGAGCGUGGCGCCUUUUUGUUCCCUCACCUCAACGAUUCGUACUUCCAGAUGCUAUUCAAUAAAACCCAAGUUCUUCUGCUUCGAAAUGAGCUUUCCCUUGAUUUUCUGGUCAUCUUGAAGCGCUACAUCAAUCUGCUGCUCAAGGACGAUGAAAAUCCCAUGGAGGACCAGUAUGUGCUUGAGUUGCAAAAUGAAUUAGACAAAGGUUUGGUCCUCACACCUCGUAUUUUUGAUCUUUUAGAUGUCUUUCUCUCAAAUCCGUCCAAUCCACUAAUGCUGCUGGCCCAGCUUGAGCAGAGGAAGCGAAAGAUGACACUCGAAUCAGUCUUCACGAGAUGGAAACUCUUGACUAAGGUCGAUUUGAACCUGAUGCAGCUCAGCUUAGUGUGGAAUGGCUAUAUUGAAAGAAAAUACCUAAAGGUUUGGCAGCAUAAAAUGGUUUUGAAAUGCAGAGAGUCUCAAACGGAAGCUGAUUGUCUAUUAAACUUUAAAGGCAAGUCCAAUUCUUUUGAUAUGUGGAUCAAGCGCACUGACGCUCAGAAAGUAAAACAAGAUCUCGCCGAUGUCUUUUUUCUUCAAAAGUAUUUGACGAUUCUUAAAGAAGAAUCGAUGGAUCGAAUCAGCAGCAUCAACUCCGCAGACCUAAAAUUUCGCAAGACAUAUUUGCGACGCGCGUUCUCGUCGUUGAAGUUACGCAGCCGCCAGAGACUUUUCGAGCAGCGCGAGGCUUCAAAUGUGAAGAAAUUGUAUUUCGAGCGAUUAGCUUACAAAUUUCAGCGUUUGGGUUCAUUGUCCGAUAAAGCGAUGCUUCUCGCCGAGCACCUUAUACUGACUCCCUUCGUGAAUAUCUGGAAAGCGCGGCUUGCCGAAAAGAGUUUGAAAAUGAGAGAGCUAGCCGAGUUAGAGACGCUGUUUCGAGAUAAAAUGGCCUUGAAAGUUGUCAGAGACGUUAUGGAAUGGAAGGAUCGCGAAAACCAUGCGAUACUAUGUCUCAACGCCAUCGUUUUGCGCCAUGUACUUCGAAAUGUAUGGUUAAAAAGGAUUGAAGAAAGGCAAGCGCUUCACGCCUAUCGCUCACAGCGUGGAUUUGUUACUAUGAAGAAACUGUUCAUGGCAUGGAGAGAACAGGUCCGACAUACAUCCGAAGCUUUCUCUGUCUACGAAAGAGGUGUUGUAAACAGAAGUUUUCAUCUUUUGAUUAGAACGGCUCUAAUGAUGCGUCUUAAACGGAGGAGCCAGGAAAAACUUCUCAGAGAGCUAUUUCUGCGAUGGUGUGAGGUGACUAAGUUUGAGUUGAUGGUGGCUGAGUUCCAUCAAAAGCUAUUAAAGAGAUUUUGGAGUCGCAAAUUGAGGGGGAGGUACCGGUCGUUAAUCGAUCUCUCUCUGAUCACAGUUAAAUGCCGAGACUCUCUUCUUGUCAGGGAAAAAUUCGGAAAAUGGUCUAGUUCAGUGCACAAAGCGGACCAAUUGAGCAAGAAAGCUGACCUUUUCCGGAGAGUCACGACAAUUGCAAAACUCAAAAAGGUCUUGUUGCAUAGCGAGCGACUGGAAGCUAUGAGUCGAUCUUACAAGUCUCAAAGUGACAGCAAACACAAAAAGAAGUUCAUGUCAAUCUGGUUGUCCAGCAUGAGAAUUCAGUUACGACUCAAACAAGAAAUAAUAUUGGACCAAUAUCUGACGCUGAAAGAGAAUUCAUUAGCUAGAUCCUUUAUGGCAAUUUGGACUUCGCGGUUUCAGUAUCUGUCAUUAACAUGCACCAGAUUAGCUGAUGAUCAAAGAUUUCAUGUCGUGACGACAAGCUUUUUUCAAAAGGCGUUUGAUAGGAUUCAGUUACACGAGAAUUGGAGACUUGUCGCCGUUAAACUGCAUAAUCAGUCCACCUUGUCCAAUACUUUUGAAAACAUAAAGCUAAAAAUCGGUCAGGUUUCAGCGAUGCAACACGACCUUGUCCGACUGAGAAGUGAGCGGGAACUCUCUUUUUUAAUGAACUGCAUGAACUUAUGGACCAUGAAACAAUUAAAGUGCUCCCGAAAUAGUGAGACGGUGGAGAUCUUUAAAAACAGAUGGAACAGAGCCAGCUUGAGAGCGAUUCUUCUGCUGUGGAGAGAAAAAACAGCUUCGGGAACCACUCGACAGUCCGAUUUGGCUGCUCAAACGUAUGACGAGCGGCCUGAUCAAGAUGAGAGAGGUCUUAUAACCCCAACUCGAAUAAAAACUAGCGGUCGAAUUACAAUUCCUGGGUCAGAGAAAAUGAAACAGAAUCGAAUGGAGGCCAUGAAAAACCACUAUAGGCGAGCUCGCAAGGCAAUUCCUAGUCCAAUAAGAUUUUCUGAGAAGCUGGACACCGUAACUAAACGACGACUGGAGACAAACGCUACAGAUUUAGAGCAAAGAGGGAUCCCACCUCCACCGAAGAUGGACUUGGAAAAGAUUAACAAGAAGUUGGCGUCCAGGAAGCCAACUAUAAGUUUCAAAAGCAUCCCAGAGGCUAAAUUGAGCCCUGCAACAUCGCCUCGGAAUUUAUACGCUCCAGUUAUUGAUCGCUCUCUCCUAUCACAGCACAAUGUAGAUCUAGAUCGUUCGCCUAGCAUAAGGUAG